GUUCGCUGCGCAGAGUAUUAGCCUGCGCGUCACCAGAAGCCCCGACGCAAGUAAAAUCGGCUCCUGCGGCGAACGACGCCGAGAGAGCAUCAUCAUCACCAUCACCAUCAUCUUCAUCUCCAGCAUAUCUCCCGGCUCCCCGUCAGGUCGCUCGCCGACUCAAACAGCACCUCUUCCGCUGGACAUGAAAGUGCAGCAGGGCUGCAUCUCAGCAGACAUGGGGAUCCCGGUUACAACCGAAGAAGAGCUGCGCAGAAAUACCGUAAUAACGCCCGAUGACGUGCUGGGGCUCCAGAAGAUCACCAAGAAUUAUCUUUGUUCUCCAGAAGAAAACGUCCACAUGAUCGACUUCACCAGGUUUAAGAUCCGUGACAUGGAAACAGGGACAGUCCUGUUUGAGAUCACUAAACCUCCAACACCAGCAGGAGAUAAAAAGCAUUGUGACCCCAACGCCGGCCGUUUCGUGCGAUACCAGUUCACCCCAGCCUUCCUGCAGUUGCGACAGGUUGGAGCCACGGUGGAGUUCACAGUGGGCGACACCCCCAUCAACAACUUCCGCAUGAUCGAAAGACACUACUUCCGCAAUCAGCUGCUCAAGAGCUUUGAUUUCGAGUUUGGCUUCUGCAUGCCCAGCAGCAAGAACACAUGCGAGCAUAUCUACGAGUUCCCCGCACUGUCAGAGGAAAUCAUGCGAGAGAUGAUCCUGCACCCUUACGAGACGCAGUCUGACAGCUUCUACUUUGUGGACAACAAGCUGGUGAUGCACAACAAGGCGGAUUACUCCUACAGUGGGGGGCCUUAGGAAGGCACCCCACCCUCCACCCUUUCACUCCCCCUCUGUUCUAGACAUUUUCCAUGAUCCAGGCACCACGUCUGACCACAGCUGUUGGACAAACCACUCUCGUCUCGCUCCUGUUACUUUAACAUGCUAUUCUAAUUCAGGUAUUCAGUCAAGUUUCUCCCUCUCUUUUGCAGGAACAUUGAAUUCUGCCAGUUUUAUCAACAGUUUGCAUGAGUGUAUGUGUGUUUGUGUGUGUGUGUGUGUGUGUGUGUGAGAUGUAUGUGUGUGCACGCGUGCGUUUGUGUGCGCGUGUGUGCGUGUGUGUGUGUGUGUCUGUGUGCACAUGUGUCUGUGUGGGCAGUAAACACAUGCAGUGUCUGUACAUGCUGUCGAUUUCAGUGUGUUUAUGUGGGCUACACUUGAUCAUUAGGCAAACUAGGAUUCAUUUACAUGUUGUGUGUUUUCAUAGUCGUGAAUGUGAAAAGGAUGAGGAGACAAUAUUUGUCCUGAAUUACACCACGAGACAAAGAGAGAGUUUAAAUUGAGAUAAAAAAAAGUUUAAUCAUCCAUUUGGAUGUACAGUAUAUUUAUAUAGUUUGUAUAGAAUCUCAUUACAUUUUUACUCCUGAAGCUUCUCAGAUUUGUAGACGUUAUUCUCUUCCAAAUGAUUCAGUCCUCCUACUGUGAGCGUUGUCAUUGUUCAGUCGAAUGACAAACAGAGAUGUGUACUUUGUCUUUGUUAAUGUGUCAUUUGUUUUACCUCCUCUGGUUCAUAGUACUACUACUAACGUCAGGAGUAUUUUUUAAAUAGAUAGCCAUUUUGAAGUGUCAGAAAACAUUCAUUAGUCAAAAGUCAAAGGUCUGAUAUCAAUUUUGAUAAUCAGUAUGUUCUCUGUAGUACUGAAGCACUAUGUAUAUUUUAUGAUAAAUGUUUUAAAUUAAAAAAAGUAUGUAAAGUUUUGACAGCCGAGAUACCAUCACUGCAAUAAAUAUGGGAUUUUUUUCAAAGA